CAGUAAAAUGAAAUACAUACACUAGACAAUAAAUACGUACAGUGAUAAUAGUCCAUCUGCUUCUGUCUCUCAUUCUUUUUUUCUCUCUCUACAGAUCAGAUCAGCAGCAGACGCUCACAAUUGUGCUUCCACUCCAUUUCUCGUUUCUAACGAGGCUGAGUGCUAGAUUGAAGAGAAAUAAAAAAUUCAGGAGCAAGAUAGAGCAAAGGUAGAAGGAGAAAACUAUAAUGUGGAAGUUGAAAAUUGCGGAGGGUUCAAGCCCCUGGUUACGCUCAGUAAAUGGACAUGUUGGCCGCCAAAUUUGGGAGUUUAACCCUAGUCUUGGGUCUCCUGAAGAGCUAGCCGAGAUUGAGAAGCUUCGCGAGGAAUUCCGUAAUCAUCGGUUCCAGAAGAAGCAUUCUUCUGAUCUAUUAAUGAGAUUUCAAUUCUCCAAAGAGAAUCCAAGCACCACAAAUUUGCCCCAAGUAAAAGUGAAAGAUAUUGAAGAUAUUACAGAAGAUAAAGUAGCUACUACACUAAGGAGGGCCAUCAGUUUCCAUUCAACCCUACAGGCUCAUGAUGGUCACUGGCCAGGAGACUACGGCGGUCCAAUGUUUCUAAUGCCUGGCCUGGUUAUUACAUUAUCUAUUACUGGGGCGUUAAACGCAAUAUUGUCAAAAGAGCACAGGCGUGAGAUUUGUCGCUACCUUUACAAUCAUCAGAACCCAGAUGGUGGAUGGGGUUUGCAUAUUGAGGGCCCAAGCACCAUGUUUGGUUCUGUUUUGACCUACGUUACUUUGAGGUUGCUUGGUGAAGAACCAAAUGAUGGAGAUGGAGCAAUGGAGAAAGGUCGAAACUGGAUUCUUGAUCAUGGUGGGGCCACCGCAAUAACAUCAUGGGGAAAGAUGUGGCUCUCGGUACUUGGAGCCUUUGAAUGGUCUGGAAACAAUCCUCUGCCACCUGAGAUUUGGCUUCUUCCCUAUAUUCUUCCAUUCCAUCCAGGAAGGAUGUGGUGUCAUUGUCGAAUGGUUUACCUUCCCAUGUCCUAUUUGUAUGGAAAAAGGUUUGUCGGACCUAUUACACCCACAGUUCUUUCUCUGAGGAAGGAGCUUUAUACUGUUCCAUAUCACGAAAUAGACUGGGAUAGAGCUCGCAACGAAUGUGCAAAGGAGGAUCUAUACUACCCACACCCUGUUGUACAAGAUUUACUUUGGGCAUCUCUUCAUAAGGCUGUGGAACCUGUUUUGAUGCGUUGGCCUGGGAAGAAGUUGAGAGAUAAGGCGCUUCGCACUGUUAUGGAGCACAUACAUUAUGAAGAUGAAAACACUCGCUACAUAUGCAUAGGCCCUGUAAACAAGGUGCUAAAUAUGCUUUGCUGUUGGGUGGAAGAUCCAAAUUCAGAAGCUUUCAAGUUGCAUCUUCCAAGAAUCUAUGAUUACCUGUGGCUUGCAGAAGAUGGCAUGAAGAUGCAGGGGUAUAACGGGAGUCAGUUGUGGGACACUGCCUUUGCUGUUCAAGCUAUCAUUUCAACAAAUCUUGCUGAAGAAUUUGGCCCAACUUUAAGAAGAGCUCAUACAUACAUAAAGAAUUCACAGGUAUUAGAUGAUUGCCCUGGCAAUCUAGAUUUUUGGUAUCGUCACAUUUCCAAAGGCGCCUGGCCAUUUUCAACAGCUGACCAUGGUUGGCCUAUUUCAGAUUGCACUGCCGAGGGACUGAAAGCAGUCCUUUUACUGUCAAAGUUGCCAGCAGAAAUUGUUGGUGAACCACUGGAUGCAAAGCGCUUAUAUGAUGCUGUUAAUGUUAUUUUUUCACUACAGAAUACGGCUGGAGGCUUUGCAACGUACGAACUAACAAGAUCCUAUAGUUGGUUGGAGCUAAUCAACCCUGCUGAAACUUUUGGUGACAUUGUCAUUGAUUAUCCCUAUGUUGAGUGCACCUCGGCUGCUAUUCAAGCAUUAACUGCAUUUAAGAAACUAUACCCUGGACACCGAAAAGAAGAAGUGGAACGCUGCAUCGAAAAGAGUGCUAAAUUCAUUGAAAGGAUUCAAGAAGCAGAUGGCUCCUGGUAUGGUUCUUGGGCAGUUUGCUUCACUUAUGGAACAUGGUUUGGUAUAAAAGGCCUGGUGGCUGCUGGGCGAAGCUUCAAUAAUUGUGCUGCCAUUCGCAAGGCUUGUAAUUUCCUGUUGUCUAAACAGCUUCCCUGUGGUGGUUGGGGAGAGAGUUAUCUUUCAUGUCAAAACAAGGUGUAUUCAAAUCUUGAAGGCAACAGGUCUCAUGUGGUAAAUACGGGAUGGGCUAUGCUGUCUCUCAUUGAUGCUGGGCAGGCUGAAAGAGAUCCCUUGCCAUUGCACCGUGCAGCAAAAGUCCUAAUAAAUUCUCAAUGUGAAAAUGGAGAUUUCCCGCAACAGGAGAUCAUGGGGGUCUUCAAUAAGAAUUGCAUGAUUACAUAUGCUGCAUACAGGAAUAUAUUCCCAAUUUGGGCCCUGGGAGAAUAUCUUACCCGAGUUCUUCAACCCCGAUGAAUCAGCUGCUGACCAAUCCUGAAGGUAGUUUUGGCGUUGUCGUUAUAGCCAAUCUGAUUCAGUUUUCUGUUUCCGCCGAGCUAAAACAAUUGGCCAGUUACAUUCUUGUAGCUCAUCUACAGUCCUAGUUGGGUUUAGCAGUCAAGGCCUAGUUCCCACCUUCGGACUUUGUUUUGCUAGUUCCCAAUCACGAUGUUUGUUUUCUGGGACUUUUGCGAAUACAGGUGGAGUAGUGUCAUGAACACAGCGCAGAGAGUUCAAUUGGGCACCACCAAAACUGGAGCUAAUAAUAUUAGGUAGCACGAGUCAUUUGCUAAACUUGAUAAAUUGCAACAGAAUAAAUGAAGAAAUAAGAAGACGACAUUCAUGGGUUCAA